AAAAAAGAUUCUAAGUGAUUAUGAUGGUAAUUGCCAGAAUUUUUUUUUUAAAUGACAAAUUAAAAUAUUAAUAAACUACAUAUAACCCAAGAAAAAGGUUAGGAAAUUGUGAACGUUCUAUGUCUGAACGUGGAAAAGCCUGCCCUAGUAUUUUGAACUGGAUGCUGGUUGUAUUAUUAUGGUGCAUCUAACUGACAGAUGGCGCUCCUGCAGCAGUAAACGCGACGAGUCUUACUAUGGCGGAAGGCUUUGAAAUAUUCAUAUUAAUUACGUGACGGUCUCUCAGUAGCUCAGAGUGAUUUGCUAAAUCAUUUGAUCUUGAAUAUGAUCGGGUUACAUGACUGGAUGAUAGCGGAAGUUGACUAGGAACGUCAUUAUGACUCAAUUGAUAUUCAUAAGCUCUGCCUCUGUCAUAGUAGAAUUGGUAUUUUCCUAUUUCCCUGCUGUGGACGUGUAGAGAAACUGGUGCACUCCAGUCCUCCACCGUUCCCACCAUUCCGUUUUAUUUAGUUACGCCUACAGAAGUGAAAGGUCGAUCGCUUUCUGAGUUUGAACAGAGGAAGAGCAUUCAAAUAGAUUAAAAGAGUAACUGUUAUGAGGUAACAGUUAUUGCAAGGAGAACUUUAUAUACGUGUAAAGAAUUGCUAUCAACAGAUCGGUCUGGUUCGGCAUUCCCGUUCUUGCCUCACUACCGAGCCGAGGUACGGUCUGUGAAGAUUAUCAAAGAUGUCAUCUAAGCAAAACUCUAAUAAUAUAGCCCAAGCCAGAAGGACUGUUCAACAGCUACGGAUAGAAGCUAACAAAGAGAGAAUAAAGGUGUCUAAAGCUUCUGCAGACCUCAUGCACUACUGCAGCGAACAUGCCAAGUAUGACCCUCUGCUUAUGGGUAUCCCAGCCUCAGAAAACCCCUUUAAAGAUAAAAAGCCCUGCACUAUAUUGUAGUGGGAUGCUUGAACUCUUGAUGUGUGUUUUGAUGUUCCUUUUAUUGUUAUUUUUUAGAGAGAGAAUAUGAUCUUCAAACAUCCAUUCCCUAUUUGCCUUAAAGUGAACUAAACCCCAAGCCAUUAUUUGAUUGUAUCCACAAAUCUCCUGACUUGAAAUGUCCAUGUUGUCUAUGAAAAGGGAGAGUCAAAGCACCUAGUAAACAAAUCAUUUGUGGUGCAAAGACAAAACCAACCCAUGAAUGAUUUUGUAGCUUUAGGGCACAGCACAGCACAGAUGACUUGUUUGCUUUGUGAUGGAGUCCACUGAUGUGGUUGUGUCUCCUGCAAAUAAAGGGUGAGGUCAGAGUGGGCGGUUCUCAGCCGCACUAGUAUCACAAAGCACAGGAAACGAUAAUUUAAUGACUGCAGUCUGUAAUAUAUAUAUCUGCAGAUAAGCAGAGCCUCAUCUGCAGUGCUUUUAAAGGUGUCCGGUCACAGGGAGUGUGGAGGGUUGAUGUGAGGGGUGAAAUGUCAGCAUCAUGAAUGUGUGAAGGGUGCUUGUGCUCAUUGGAGGAGGAAACAGGUGUCGUUGGAAGCGUCACAUUGACGCAAUGCUGCACCAGCCCUCCCUCAUUAACUCACUCUUUGAACAAAGGAGUGAUACAAAGCUAACUGCUCCUGUCAAAACACUACACACAACGUCGUGCCCUUUUCUAUAUCUCUUUUUCUCCAGGGGAGCUGUGUUUCAAAAGAUCAACAAUUGCCUAAACUUGCAGAUCAGCAUUUUAAAGGGUUAGUUCACCCCAAAAUGAAAUUUCUGUCAGUAAUUACUCACCCUCAUGUUGCUCCA